UCUCGAUCGGAUAAGAAAAUCACAUUUUAAUUGGGGAUGUAAUUAGACAGGUUUCAUUCUCUUCAUCUGCCCUGGAAUGGAACAACUGGAGAUAUCUGACUUUAAGGAUGAGUACAGAUGAACGAGGAGAAGAGACAAUGAGAUGGAGUCAUUUGACGAUUGAGAUAUUGGAGAGGAGACAAGGAGAUGACGCUGCUUUAAGAGAGGGUGCGAGCCCCUGAAUGGACCAUGGAUGAGCCUCCUCACGAUAGGACAUGUGGAAGCUAUGCUGAGACACCAUUCAUUUUCUCAUAUGAAUAAGUAACAUAGGCUACUUCAAGGAAGGAAGGAAAGAAUGAUUCGUUCCCAAAGUAGUCCCAAUGAACAAAACCGGAGGGACUCCACUCUUUUGCGGACCAGCCAAGAACCUAGACUGAGUUUCACUUUCACAUCUCUGGAAGUUGAGCUUUUUUUCAAAGUAUAUUCCACCCCUUGUUCUGGUGAAUCAGAGUGUCACUCUACAGUUCUGUAGGGCUGCGUGAAUAGAUGACAUGAUAUCUUCUUCCUCUGAUGAAAGAAUAUGAUCUGCUGUAGGCUACAGCGGGGGUGGUUGAGGACCAGAACACGCAUCCAUCAAGGCGGGAGCGCGCAUUGUGAAGAGGCGGGGCAGCGGGAAUAUCUCUUUCCGGAUAUUUACCUCCACCUGCCCGCGCGACGCGCCCAGUUCCAAGGUUUUUAACAGCGGUAGUAUCAACGGACAUGACAAAGUUCCCAAAUCCAGGACUACUGAGAGGUUGAGUAACCUGCUGUAACAGACAUGCCCAAACCUGAUCUACUGUGUUUGGUUCAACUACUGGACAACACUAUCCAGACCUUUACAGUCAACAAGCAGGAUGCAGGUGAGGUUUUGCUGGAGCAGGUGUGUAACCAGCUGGGUCUGCUGGAGAAACACUUCUUCAGUCUGCAGCUACGAGACUCCAACACCACCAUCGUCACUCAAACACACUCUCCUAGGUGGCUGGAGGCCAACAAACCACUGAAGAAGCAGCUGAAAGGAGUUGUCUCUCCAUUCUACCUGACCCUCCGAGUCCGAUUCUUCAUCUCAGACCCCAACUCUCUACAGCAUGACCAGACCAGACAUAUGUACUUCCUCCAGAUCAGGAGUGACAUCAGAGAGGGCAGGUUGAAGUGUCCUCUGAGUGCAGCUGUAGUACUGGCCUCCUAUGCUGUGCAGUCUGAGCUAGGUGACUACUCCCCAGACCUUCUCCCUGGUUACCUGUCCAAAAGCCACUUCCUCCCGGAGCAGGAUGAUGACUUCCUGUCUAGAGUGGAGGCUCUGUACCCAGGGCACAGGGGGCUGAAGCAGAGUGAGGCAGAGCUGUGUUUUCUCAACACAGCAAGAACUCUGGAGAUGUAUGGAGUGGAGCUACACACUGCCAUGGACUCCGACAGUUCCCCUCUAUUGGUGGGAUUGGCCUCAGGGGGCGUGGCUAUCUUCUGUAACAUGAUUUGCUCCAGUUUCUUCCCCUGGGUGAACAUCAUCAAGAUAUCCUUCAAGAGGAAACGCUUCCUUAUGCAGCUCAGACGCAAACAUGGGGAGACGCAGGACUGUGUGGUGAGCCUGGUCCUGCCGUGCCCCAGGGCCUGUAAGAACCUGUGGAGGUCAUGUGUGGACCAUCACUGCUUCUUCUACACCAACCUGGCAACCUGUAGCCCACACCACACCAACCUGGCAACCCAGAUACACAACAAGCUGCUCCCACAACACUGGGUCUUGGGCAGCACUAAAACAGACAGUGGUCCAGUGUGUAAGAAAGUGAUGGGUGGGAUGGAGUGGAACCCAGCUCUGAGGGGAUCCACCUCGUCAGAACACCUGGAAACCAAGAGCCUACCGUCCCGAUCCCCCCCGCUCACACCCAACUGGCGGAGUCCUCGUGUGCGUCAUGGUGCCCGUAAACCCCGCCCCUCCUCAGUGGAGCUGAACAAUGACCUGCGAGACGUGUCGGAGGGGGAGGAUGUCUUUUACACCUACAGGGUCUCCCUCAGCAGCAGCAGGGGCAGCCAGGAGGGCACGCCUACACACAGUUUUUCUGGCACUCACAGCCAAGGAGGUGGAUGGUCGCAGGUUGAUGACAUCAGCACAGGAGAGGAAGACAUUAAGGCCACCUCUCACUACCGGGACAAGCGUGCUCUUGGUGAUGGCGAUCUGCUAUUGGUGCGUCUCGCUCCUGAUCACGAUGGAAAGUUUGGUUUCAAUGUCAAAGGUGGCGUGGACCAGAAGAUGUCCCUGGCCAUAUCCCAGGUCAACCCUGACUCUCCUGCGGGGCGGGUUGAGCCAAGGUUGUUGGAAGGUGACCAGGUCGUGCUGAUCAACGGUCGCGACAUCUCUGAACACACGCAUGACCAGGUGGUCAUGUUUAUAAGAGCCAGCAGAGAGUCCCACUCCAGAGAACUGGCUCUGCUUAUACGACGCAAAGGUCCAGGGCGUGUGGCCCCCCUGCUGCAGUUUCCCUGUGCCUUGUCUCUGACUGGCCAAUCACAUGGUGAUCUACUGCUUCUGCCUGGCCAAUCAGAACAAGGCCAGACACUUGAAGAGUCCAUGAAACAACUGGAGAGGGGAAUCCAGACAGGCACUCUCACCUUCCACUUCGAGAACCUGUACAUGAGGAAGCCUGGCCUGUCAGUAGCCUGCGCUUGUCUCCCUGAGAACAUAGACAAGAACAGAUACAAGGACGUGCUGCCCUAUGACAUCUCCAGAGUGGUACUUCAGGACCAAGAGGACUACAUCAAUGCAAGCCACAUCACGGUGAUGCUCCCAGGGUCUGGUGUGUGUCUGCGGUACAUUGCAGCUCAAGGACCGCUGCCUCAGACCUGCACUCACUUCUGGCAGAGUGUGUGGGAGCAACACACACACACCAUCAUCAUGCUCACCACACUCACCGAGAGAGGACGGACUAAGUGCCACCAGUACUGGCCACACCCUCCUGAAGUGAGGGAUUAUGGGUACCUGAGGGUCAGCUGCCACUCUGAGGAAUGCAACCUGGCCUACGUCACACGCCAAUUCACCCUCACACACACACAGCUGGGAGAGGAGCGUUCUAUGACCCACCUGCAGUAUGUAGCAUGGCCAGACCAUGGUGUACCUGAUGACCCCUCAGACUUCCUGCUGUUCAUCACCUCUGUUAGAGAGAGGAGGACAGGAGACACACCACUUAUGGUGCACUGCAGCGCAGGGAUUGGGCGUACAGGUGUUCUCAUUACCAUGGAGAUGGCGUUGUCGCUGUUGGAGAGCGGUCGACCGGUGUUCCCUCUGGACAUCAUCAGGACGCUCCGAGACCAGAGGGCCAUGAUGAUCCAGACCACGUGUCAGUUCCGGUUUAUGUGUGAGGCCAUCCUGCGUGUCUACAGAGAGAGAGAAGAGAGUUCUGCAGCACCACCCUCAGCACUGCUAAUGGACCAUUAACAGGAGGAUGGGGGGACAGCUAGACACAGCACUAGGCUAACAGGAGGAUGGGGGGGACAGCUAACCACAAUGCUAGGCUAACAGGAGGUGGGGGGACAGUUAUCCACAAUGCUAGGCUAACAGAAGGAUAGCUAGCCACAGCACUAGGCUAACUGGAGGUGGGGGGACAGCUAUCCACAAUGCUAGGAUAACAGGAGAAGAGUACUGCUAGCCCCAGCGCUAGGCUAACGGGAGAUGACAGCUAGGCUGUAGCCUUAGAGCCAUAGCACUCCAAUAGCCUUAAGUGCUCGGCAACGGCUAGCCUUCUGUUGCUACAGCACAUAACGAGCCAUAGGGCCGAAUGUGCUCAGCUAGUCCUAUCCUUAUGUUAGCCAUAGAGCACCGCUAGCAGGGAAGGACCAUGUACUGUAAAGAUAUUUUUUACAUUUAUUUAAAACAAAACAAAAAUGUAAUUCUCUGGGACCAAAGUGCUACUAUAUGAGUGACUGAAGACUGUAUCUCAGUUCCUCUUGAGUGGCGGCUAUAUAGCUUUCCUAAUAGUGGGUUGAUGCAAGUUCCUCCUGAGCGGCGGCUAUAGGAUUGACUGGUCUGUCUGCAUUGUUGGGAGAGUGUUGAGGCUUUCGGUGGAUUCACCGUAGAGAUGAACACUGCCAGAGCCACCACACACUACCCCCGAUCCCACCUUCCCUAAAUUAUUGACACAUUGAAUAAACACACUGAAAUCUA